CCAGGCCUUGAAUGCCUUGCACAGGGUCUGGCCGUCUGCUCCCCUCACCAGGACGGAGGAGCUGCUGUGCCUGGGACGGUGCGGCCCCAGCUAAGCUUCUCCCCUCUCCCCCUCCAGGGGGCGCCUCGGAUCCCUCCAAGAAGAGCUACGUGGUGCAGUGGCUGUCCCGCCCGGACCCUGACGCGCCCGUCCAGAAGAUCUCAAAGGGCCACUGCCAAGGCGACAAGUCAGUGUUCUGUAGGAUGGAGGUCUUGUCUCGCUAUUGCUCCAUUCCGAGCUACAACAAGCUCUGCUGCAAGGCCUGCAACCCGAGGAACGCCAGCCACGCGGAGGACGAGGCGGAACCCCUGCCCGGGAAGCACAACGACAUCGACGCCCUGGAGCCCGCGCCGGCCCCGCUGCAGGGCAGGACCACGAAGCUCAGCCGCCCAACUUAA